AUGGCGCUGCAGGCGCGUCAGGAGGAGCAGAUCUUGCAGUACAUCGAGGAAAGCAAUUCCUCGGGGAGGUUGGCAUCGGGGUGGGAUCAACUGAAGGAGUUCCUGCUGGCGGAGGGGCUAGCGUAUUACCAGCAGGUCCCACCGAACCAGAUGGGCAUCGACAUUCGGAACCGCAGCGGUUCGUUAGUGAACCCUGCGCGGGCUCGCAAUUUAGGCGCGAAGAUUUGCGCCCAGGGCUUCGUCUUGGCCAAGACGGCUGCAGCCGCUGCCUUCGAGGCCCCGCAGGGGGCGCAGUUGGAAGAGACCGCGAUGGCGAACGACCCCCUUUCGCGGCUCAGCGGGGGUCGGUGCCCCCCGCUGGACUCAUUGCGGUAUACGUCAGUGGGCGGCUCCCACACGAACGUCUUCCUCCGCUGCGUGCUGGCCAAGGCGCCGACCACAGUGAAGGCGCUGGCAGACUCUCGGGACAACAUCGACUCCGAAAAGCUGUGCGCGUUGCACCCGCAACUUGCGACGGCAGUCAAAAAGGGCCUGACGUGGUUGAUCAUCAAGCACGCGGUGGCCAAAGUGAAGGGCCUCAAGAACUUCGUGCAGAGGGCUUUGAACGCCGACGUCAGGGAGGCGGUUCACGAGACCGAGAUCAUUCGGUCAGGUGGGCGGAUGCUCUUGGCACACAGCCUCGCUGAGGGUUCCAGCAAGCCCGAUUGGCGCGACAUCGCCGAGCAAGCGGGCCACGCGAACCCACCUUGCAAGGCGUGGAUCGCUGACUUGUGCAAGUUUGUUGAGCUCGGGCCACAAAACGGAGAACUUCUCCGUGAAAUAGAUGAAGCCCUCAAGACCUUCACGAAUGUGGACGUCUCGGGGCAAACUUUGAUGUGCGGCUCUGAAUUCUGGCGCAAGUUGAAUUCGAUUAAAUGGGGGAAGCACCAGGAGUCGUACCCGCAUGUCGUAGCGGCGCUCGUGAAGGCCAACUAUUCAGGCGAGCACGUGGUG